AUGUUCCACCUCCCCAUCCUCCUCACAGCCCUCCUCGCCCACUCCACCCACGCCGACAUCCCCCCCCUCACAAACACCUCCGAGUUCACCUCCCUCACCACCUCCCAGACCGGCUUCCCCAGCCAGACCUUCCGCUCCUCCCCCAUCGUCGCCCCCAUCUUCCUCCUCAACAGCCCUCCCCAAAACGACAACCUCGCCGACAAUGCCUCCCACAUCUUCCUCGGCACCGUCUACGGCACCCAACGAGCCGGCCCCAUGAUCUUCUCCGCCCGCGACCUCAGCCUCGUCUACGCCGACCAGCAGUACGAAAACACCUACGCCUCAAACGCCUACCUCGUCAACAACACCCGCUACCUCGGCUUCUGGGAAGGCGGCCACACCCGCGGCCACGCCAACGGCAACUGCCUCUUCUUCGACGAGGCGUACAACCUCAGGUACAACGUCACCGCCCAGGGGCUCAACGACGCCCGCGCGGACAUGCACGAGCUCAGCGUCACGGGGGCCGGCACCGUCAUCUUCUCGACGUACUUUAACAUACCCUUUGACUGCCGGCCCGUGGGCGGGCCCGAGGACGCGCUGCUCAUGGACAGCGGCUUUCAGGAGAUUGACCUGGCAACGGGCGAGCUGACAGAUGAAGGCGACUACCUCGUCUCCGCCCGCCACCUCUCCGUCCUCACCCUCAUCGACCACAAAACCGGCUCCCCCCUCUGGAUCCUCGGCGGCAAGCAGAACCAAUUCACCGACCUCUCCGGCGGCGCAGCAACAAACUUUUCCUGGCAACACGACGCCCGCAUCCUCCCCUCCUCCUCUUCUUCUUCACCGAAGACGCACAUCACCCUCUUCGACAACCACGGCGAAGAGUCCGGCUUCUGCCCCCCCGACACGCAGUGCUCCACCCGCGGCCUCCGCAUCGCAAUCAACCCGACCCUCCGCACAGCCCGCCUCGUGUCCCAGUUCUUCCACCCGGAGGGCAUCAACUCGGGCGCCAUGGGCGGCUACCAGACCCUCGACAGCGGAAACGUCAUGACCGCUUGGGGGUACAACCCCAGCUUCGUCGAGUACACUCCCGACGGCACGCCCGUGCUCGACGUCCAGAGGGGGGCUAUUGGCGGGGCCGAGGCCGUGCCGGAUAUGUUUGCUUAUAGGGUGCACAAGGGGAACUGGGUGGGCAAGCCUUCGUGGCCGCCCAGUAUCGCCGUCGAGGCACCCAAUAACAGCACCCACGAGGCCACAAUCUAUGUUUCCUGGAAUGGAGCAACAGAAGUCUCUUCAUGGGCAAUCUUCGCCUCCAACGACCACAAAACCAUCAACAACCACACGAACCUCCUCACCCAGUCCCCCCGCCAAGGCUUCGAAACCAUCAUCCCUCUACCAAGCACAGACGCAAACAGCACUCGUCGAUAUGUCGCCGCAGCAGCCGUCUCUUCGUCCGGAGACGUUCUCGGGUCAACAGUGGUUCUGGAUCUCGAAGACGGCGGCAAACCCGCCACGGUCACGAGCGACAUUGUCUCCCUGAAGCCUCCAUCUCCUCCACCUGCGGCAUCAGCCGAGGGCCGAAGCUCAAAUACAAGCAGCAUAGGUGUAAUGGGAGCCUCGAUAUUCAGCGUUGCCGGAAUCGUCUACGUGGCAUCAUACUUUUGGCGAAGGAGGAGAACAGGGCCCGGCCAUCAGGAGGGAUAUAGAAUGGUCAACCUGAGAGAUUGA